AUGAAUAGCAAUUCGAAUUUGAAAUACUUAACGAGUGUUAAUAAAUCUACAGAGACUAGUCCUGCAUAUUUAGAUUCAAUUAUGAAUAAUAAAAAUGUACAAUUGUCAAAACAUAAAGAUUAUCAACAAAUUAUUGAUAAUUAUGAAAAUAAAUUAUCACAUUUACACUUUUGUUUACAUCAAUUACAUCAUGAUUAUGAUUCAUUAAUUCAUUUAUUUAAUAAUACUAUUUAUGGAAUAAUUAAAUUUGGUAAUCGAGAAUGUAAUCGUUUUAGUAAAUUAUUGAAUAUAUCUAAUCAAGAAAUUGAAAUUCCUUCAUCAUUAUUACAUUCAAAAUUAUUUCAUCCAUUGAAAACAUUGAAUCAAAAUGGAAGAAUUUCAAAUUUAACUGAGAAUACUUUAAUUAUCAAGAGUUGGAUAAAUCCAUUGAUAGAUGUAAUUGGUAAAUUAUCAGCAUAUUGUAUAAGAAUAUGUGAUUUAAUUGAAUCACAACAAGAUCAUUUAGAAUGGCAAUCAGAAAAUCAAUUAAUAAAAACACGUAAAGCUAAUUUGAAUCGUUUAAGAAGUUGUUUAAAACAAAACCAGCAUAAUCCUUCAUUAAAUGAAGUAAAUAGUAUUUUAUCAAAGGAUCAUUCGGAUUCAUAUCCUAUGGUAUACACUAAUGGUAAUUCAGAUAAAAAUAUUGGAUCAAAACUUGAUUACAAUAUGUCUACAUUAAAAAAUUCAAUGUAUCCACUUAAAUCAAUCGAUUCGAAUUUAUACUUCAAUGAUAAUGUGAAUAAACUAAUAGAAACACAACAUCAUGGCUAUUCUCCAGUAUCUGGAGCGAAUGGAUCAUUUAAUAAAUCACCUCCACCGCGUCUACUUCAUAAAAAUAGUAAUAUUUCUCCAUAUGAAAAUAUUAAAUGUUUCAAUAAUAGUGAAAACUCAUAUAAUCAAGAUGGUCAAUUUUAUUCAUCUUUAGAUAUAGAUACUUGUUUCACAAAAUGGUUAAAUGCUGCUUAUCGUCGACAUACCUCCCAAUCUUCUUUGAUGUCAAAUAGACUACUAUCAAUGAAAUAA